CGACGCAUGUCCCCGUCUUUGUUCAGCGAAUUCGAAGCUAGUGGCAUUUUAUUUUGAAAGAAGGAAUCAGAAGUACGUACGUGUGCUCUCAUUCUCAACAUGCCAACUUGGCUAGGCUAACGAGUGAGCUAAUGACGAGAAGGCCGUCUGUCCUUUGGACGCCAACUCAAUGACGUCGUCAAACUGCUGACUGACAAUCAAGCGGUGAGUUAAACCGGCCGGCCAGCCAGCCCGAGCUCACCUGGGUCGACUGAGGAAGCGUUCUGGGUCGAAGCUUCGCCGGACAUUUGAGACGUUUGCCCUCACGCCCGGUGGCCGCGCCCGGAAGCUCCUUCUGGCGUCUUCCGCGGGCAUCGCAGAUGGCGCGGCACAGCAAGCUGCAAACGCAGGUCUUGGCCCUGUACCGACAGUUCCUGCGGGCUGGGCGGGACAAGCCGGGCUUCCUGCCCCGCAUCCGAGACGAGUUCCGUGAGAACGCUGGCAUCAAGAAGACCGACGUGAUGCAUAUCGAGUAUUUGUUCCGGCGAGCUCAGCGGCAGCUGGAGCAGCUUAAGGACGUCAACACCAAACAGCUGGGAACCUUCGCCAAAAGCAAAGAGCGCAGCUGACACCCACCGGUGGGCUAUGCCAGAGCCAGCACCUUUGACGUUGCCGCAACGUCUCAACGCACCACGGUCUGCCUUCAAUCUGCAUGUGAACGAACGUACGUACGUCUCCACGGACACGCAACUUGUAUAUGCGUGACGUCGACAUGACGUGACAAAAUGAGAAUAGACACGCCGACAUCCUGCGUGCUGUGCUUGUUCAGCUGCGUCGUGAGCACUUUUCCAGACCAAGUUCACCAUCAUGUUGUAAUGGGACGAAUUUUAGAUUGUGAUGUCACGUGAAAAUGGCCACAUUAAAACGUGGAAUACUGAAGAGGA